AUGGAGCCUCUUUUGAAAUACCCUCUGAAGCUCUCCUCCGCAGCUAAGCAAGUUGGUCUUAUACCAAGUUUAUUUGCUCUUGGUGCCCUCUUCUUGGCUUUGCGGUUUUCAGUUAUCUCCAAAACAGAGAAUGGAAUUCCUGUUGCGGGGCAAGCUAGUAUUUUCGAGCCAAAAUGGCUCCUACGGCUGCGUUUUAUACGUGGGAGCCGGUCGAUUAUCAAACAGGGCUACGAAAAAUAUCGAGAUUUGUAUAUCGUUCGUCGCUGGACCUCCGAUGUCGUCAUCAUUGGCAAGCAUAAAUACCUGGAAGAAAUCAGGGCGAAAACAAAGGACUCGGUGCGCUCGGUUGAGCCGUUUCUCCUUGAUCUUGCUGGCGACUACUUCAAACAGGGACAGGCCUUUCUUGAGAGCGAUUUGCAGAAUCGGGUUUUACAUCAGAAGCUCACUCCAAAUAUUGAGAGUCUGACUCCCAUCAUGAAAAGUGAACUGGAAUUUGCAUUGAAACAAGAACUCCCCGAUAUCAAGGCAGAAGACUGGGUUGAAGUAGACCCUGCUCGUGUAUUUGCGCGAACCAUUGCUCGUAUUGUCGCACGAAUCUGGAUCGGCCCUGACGAAUGUCGGAACGAGGACUGGCUUGUGGCUACAACCGACUUCACUGAAAAUGUAUUCAUAACAGGGUUCAUUCUUCGGUUUGUCCCUCGAUUUCUGAGACCUGUUAUCGGGCCAUGGCUGCCUACGUAUCGCAGUAUAGUGAAGAGUUCCGCGGACGCUCGGCGUAUCGUUGCUGGACUAGCCAGGAAACGGUCUCCUGCCAAGGAAAAGACGGACGAUUACGUAAAGGGCGACGAUGUUUUGCAAUGGACAAUGGACAUGGCCAAUGAUAAGGAGCUCGAGGAAAAUAACCUCGCCGAGCGAAUCCUAACCCUGAGCUUGGCUGCUAUCCACACCACAGCUCUGACAAUGGCUCAAGCCCUUUUCGACCUCUGCGCCCAUCCGGAGAACAUCGACACACUUCGUGAAGAGCUGACCGACGUGCUUGACACCGAGGGUGAAUGGAGCAAGAAAGGCAUAGACAGGCUCAACAAACUCGACAGUUUACUCAAAGAAUCGCAACGAUUCAACUCAGUCUUUCUGCUAACCUUCAAUCGAUUCCUCUCCGUUCCCGUCACGCUGUCUAAUGGAGUGCAUUUACCUGCCCGUACUCGCAUUGCGGUGCCGCAAUAUGCCAUGCUCAACGAUCCCGCAAAUGUUCCAGGCGGGAAUCCUGAAGCGUAUGACCCUUGGAGAUACUCUCGACUACGCUCCUCGGAGCCAAGCAACUCGAAGAAGCAUCUCUUUGCGAUGACAGAUUCCACGCAUAUGGCGUUUGGUUACGGUAAAUACGCAUGUCCUGGCAGAUUUUUUGUUGCCAAUGAGAUCAAAAUGACUCUUUCGCAUCUGCUCUUGAGGUAUGAUUGGAAAUUCCCAAAAGGGCGCGGGCGUCCGCAAAAUUUCACCAUCGAUGAUAACAUAUAUCCGGAUCCAUCGGCAAGAGUUUUAAUGCGCCGAAGAGCGGUAAGUGCGAAAGAGGAGGAAUUACUGGGGUUUUGAUUUAGUUUUGAACCAAGAAAAUUCAAGGAAUUGUUAUUCAACGAUCUAUUUUCAUUAUCCAAGACCCUAGCUGUAGCUAAAAUCGUGAAUUACAACU